AAAGAAAAAGAAAAAGCGAACUAUUAUAUAAGUAAUUCCAACGGAAGAAGGCAGAUCCUCUGGCCUACGCGACUCAUUUUGUGAAAGCAAAAGAAAGGUUGAAAUCAGGAGCGGGGAAUCAGCGGUUCUGCAAGACAAGAGAGGCUGUUGCUGUGGAUCUGCUUGAAAGCCGUUUCCCCUUUUUGACCGCUAUUUACGUCCGAUCGUGAUUUUCCCUUUCAAACCCUAGUCUUCAACUUCAGUUGCAGGUCCCAGUUUGAAGUAUCAUGGCUUCCAAGCGUAUUUUGAAGGAACUCAAGGAUUUGCAGAAAGAUCCACCUACUUCUUGCAGUGCAGGUCCUGUAGCUGAAGACAUGUUCCACUGGCAAGCAACCAUCAUGGGACCAACUGAUAGUCCAUAUGCAGGAGGUGUAUUUCUAGUCACUAUCCAUUUUCCUCCAGAUUAUCCUUUCAAGCCUCCGAAGGUAACUUCUGCGAAUGAGAGAUUUUUUCUAAUCAUGUGCACCUCUGCUAUUGCCUGGAUAAGAGGCUUUUGUUCUGUGUUACACUUCUCUAAGUGGGCGAUGUCAUUUUGUGUUCAGGUUGCAUUUAGGACCAAGGUGUUUCAUCCAAACAUAAACAGUAAUGGAAGCAUUUGUCUUGAUAUCCUCAAAGAACAAUGGAGCCCUGCUCUCACCAUUUCUAAGGUAUUGCUAUCUAUUUGCUCAUUGCUGACUGAUCCAAAUCCCGAUGACCCACUUGUCCCAGAGAUUGCCCAUAUGUAUAAGACUGAUCGAGCAAAGUAUGAAGCAACUGCACGCAGCUGGACACAGAAGUAUGCCAUGGGUUGAUACUGGUUGUUCACUAAUCGGGUGAUGUUUAUGGUGGAAUGUGUUGAAAACUGUUUUAUUAACUUAUUUACUUGGUUUGGUUCGAUAGAGGCUAGGGAUGGACUUGAGUUCUUCAGUGGAAUCUAUAUCUUGGGUUUGGCAUGAAAUAACUGUAUGAUCAAGAUGCUUUGAUGUAGACAAUGUCUGUUGUUUGGAGCUCUUACUCUUACCGAUGUUUAAAAUCUUGUCUUUAAAAUCUUGUCUUUACUUUGAUAUUUCGAUCCAAACUGAAGUACUUGUAUCAUA